UUUACGGGUUGUGAGUAAGCCAGUAAGGUUCUUGCAUCAAAGGGCUGCUUUUUUUUUGCUCACUUUGUUCCCCCUCUCUCUCUCUCUCUCUCUGACUUUCUCUUUUUCCUCCCUUGGCCCAAAGUAAAUUCAGAAGGAAAAUAGAAAGUUAAAAAAGGGGAAAAUCUAAAGCCUUUUGCUUUCUUUUGUUCAACUUCUGCAUCAAGUUAUUAUAGCUUUCUAUCCUGUCAUCAUUUGACCCAACUGACUUUGGCUGCUGAUUUGGGGAAGAAGAAGUAACGGGGAACUACAUAGAAUUAGAAACCUGGAGCUUUUUCUUAAUUCUUGAAGUUUGUAGUUUUGCCUUCCAGUUUUAAGUGGAUUUGUUUUUAUCUUUUAUUUCUGUUGAAGUUAAGUCAAAAGGUGUUAUCUCUCUGUUUUAUAGUUGUACUGAGCAAAACAAGUUGUCAAAGUUUGGGUAUAGGAUGAUUGGUAAGAGCAAGAGUGUUUGCUUUGGUAGAUGCUUUUGGGGUUUUUCAAAAUUUCAUCCCGAUAGAGGUUUCUGCUUCUGGGAUAGUUUAUAGGGUUUUCUUCUCUGAUUUUGGAGUUGAAGUUCCCUUCUCUUAAUGGACUAGGUUAUGCUGUAGAGGAAAAUUGAAUAAGGGUUGGUUCAUUGUGGAUUUGGUUCGUUAUUUUGAUUUGAAUAUGAUCAAGCAGAUACUAGGCAGGCUUCCUCGAAAGCCAUCUAAGUCGUCUGAGAAUCGUGAAUUUGGGGGUUCGUCUGCUCCUCCUUUGAGUAAUCCCUCCCACUCCAGAAGCAGUGAUAUCAUGGGUAAUCAUAGGCUGCUAAUUGAUAACGCCCCUCUUCCUGGCCCUAAUUCUGCUUCUACUUUCGGAUAUAGCCAUGGAAGUAGACUCUCCCAAGUUGUUGAUCAAAAACUUAAUGGGAACUCAGGAACUGCUCCAUAUGAAGCUUUGCCAGGAUUUAAGGAUGUUCCUAGCUCUGAGAAGCAAAACUUGUUUCUUAGAAAGCUGAGCUUGUGUUGCGUUGUAUUUGAUUUCUCUGACCCAAUGAAGAACUUGAAAGAGAAGGACAUCAAGCGACAGACGUUACUUGAGCUUGUGGAUUAUGUUAGUUCUGUGAAUGGAAAGUUUUCUGAAUCCGUUAUGCAAGAAGCUGUAAAGAUGGUGUCUGCCAACUUGUUUCGACCUCUUACUCCACAGCCUCGUGAAAACAAGGUGCUAGAAGCCUUCGAUUUGGAAGAGGAAGAGCCAUUGGUGGACCCUGCAUGGCCUCACUUGCAAAUUGUAUAUGAAUUCUUUCUGAGAUUUGUGGCAUCUCCCGAAACUGAUGCGAAGUUGGCCAAGAGAUAUAUUGACCAUUCUUUUGUUCUUAAAUUAUUGGAUCUCUUUGAUUCUGAAGAUCCAAGGGAGAGGGAGUAUCUAAAAACAAUUCUGCAUCGUAUCUAUGGCAAGUUUAUGGUGCAUCGUCCAUAUAUCAGGAAAGCUAUUAACAAUAUUUUCUUCCGUUUUAUUUUUGAAACGGAGAAGCAUAAUGGGAUAGCUGAGCUUUUAGAGGUUUUGGGAAGUAUAAUCAAUGGGUUUGCUCUGCCACUCAAAGAAGAGCACAAGUUAUUCCUUGUCCGGGCACUAAUACCCCUUCACAAACCAAAAUGCUUGCCGAUGUACCACCAGCAGUUAUCUUACUGCAUCACGCAGUUUGUCGAGAAAGACUGCAAACUAGCUGAUACUGUUAUAAGGGGAUUGUUGAAAUACUGGCCAAUUACUAAUAGCUCAAAGGAAGUCAUGUUCCUUAGUGAGCUUGAAGAAAUUUUGGAAGCUACUCAGCCUGCUGAAUUUCAGAGAUGUAUGGUACCCUUGUUCCAAAAAAUUGCACGAUGUUUGAGCAGUUCACACUUUCAGGUAGCAGAGAGGGCUUUGUACUUGUGGAAUAACGAUCACAUUGAGAGCUUAAUUAGACAAAACCGCAGAGUUAUACUGCCCAUUAUAUUCCCUGCCUUGGAGCAAAAUGGGCAUAACCAUUGGAAUCAGGUUGUACAGAGCUUGACGCUUAAUGUUCGCAAGAUUUUUUCUGAUACCGAUCCUGAGCUAUUUGAGGAAUGCUUGAACAAGUUUCGAGAAAAUACAGAAAAGUGGGAAGAGAUCAAAACAAAACACGAAGCGGCCUGGAAGCGCAUAGAAGAGAUUGCGGUAUCAAAUGCUGCAAAUGGUGAAGCAGUUCUUGUUCCUCAUGUUGUAGCUUCAGAAACAUCAUGAGUACCAUUUGUGAUUUGACUGGACUCUAGUCAAGUGUCUAUUUCUUUUAUCGUUUGCUGCAGCCCACUAGAUGGUUGAAGUGGUUAGAGAAGUUGAAUACUCAAUGUUUUGCACCAAAAAUCGAGUUGGCCUGGAUGGUCAAGAACAUCUUUUCCGCGGCAUCAGGUCCGACACUUGUGGUACUCAUACAAAGCAAAUAGAAGGUAGUAUCUGGUCUCAAAAAUAUUUUAGCUCUUGUUUUAGAGAAUCAUACGAACCAUCUACAGUUAACAGGUAAUUUAUGUCGUUCAUCUCGGUUUUUUAUUUGUUCCUCACUUAAUGGCAUAUAUGUAUAAUCUAAGCUUACCUUUUGUUUACGAAUGAGAACUUGCGUUGGUGUGUGUAUGUUUAAUAUAAAUAUUGAUAGAUUGGGAUGAUGAGCUUUAUUGGA